AUGUAUUUAGCUCAGUAUCACAGGGGAUCUCUUUUGGAUUCAUUGGUCAUCUUUGACAGUGUAAUAACCACAUUUUAUCAGCAUGUCCUUGCCGUGGCCUUUGUUGUGAAGGAGAUCAAUGAAGACUCCAAGAUCUUACCUAACAUCACCCUUGGGUUCCAUAUCUAUGAUAGUUACUACAACCCAAGGUUGACCUAUCGUACCACUCUGGACCUGCUUUUCAAAUCUCAGGAAUUUGUCCCUAACUACAAAUGUGAUAACCAGAAGAAUCUCAUGGCCAUCAUUGGAGGACUAGGUGCUCCUACUUCAUCCUUUAUGUCAGAAAGCAUAAACCUCUUCAAGAUUCCACAGGAAGAUUUGCCUUCAAUGUUUAGUGGAACCUGUAGUGGGGAAGAGAAUUUGGAGAAUCUGCCUGCACCUCUGUUUGAGUUGAAGAUGACUGGCCAAAGCUACAGUAUCUACAAUGCUGUUUAUGCAGUGGCACAUUCUUUGCAUGAGGCAGUUUUGCCUGUUUCUCUGUGUAAUGACCCUUGUUCCCCGGGUUACUGGAAGAAAAGGGCUGAAGGGAGAGUGUUCUGUUGUUAUGAUUGUGUUCCAUGUUCAGAGGGGAAGAUUUCAAAUCAAACUGAUAUGGAUGACUGUUUUGAAUGUUCACAAGAUCAUUAUCCAAAUAAAGAAAAGAAAGGAUGUAUCCUGAAAUCGGUAGUCUUUCUAACUUUUGAAGAAACCUUGGGACAUUGUUUAGCCUCAGUGGCUUUUUGUUUCUUCUUCUUGACCUCUUGGGCACUUGGAAUUUUUAUCAAGUACAGAGAGACUGCUAUUGUCAAAGUCAACAACCGGUUUCUCACCUACAUCCUACUUGUCUCUCUUCUGCUCUGUUUUCUCUCCUCUUUGUUCUUUCUCAGCCAGCCUGGCAAAGUGAACUGCCUUCUCAGACAAUCAAUGUUUGGCAUCACUUUUUCAGUGGCCAUUUCUAGUGUUCUGGCCAAAACCAUCACUGUAGUUGUUGCUUUCAUGGCCUCUAAGCCAGGAUCUCAAAUGAGGAAAUGGGUGGGGAAAAGAUUAGCUUUUUGCACUGUCCUUUCCUGUUCUCUUUUCCAAGUGUGUAUUUGUAUCCUUUGGUUGUUGAUAUCUCCCCCAUUCCCUGAGUUGGACAUGCAUUCAGAGCUUCAAGAAAUGAUUUUACAGUGCAAUGAGGGAUCAGCUUUCUUUUUCUUCUGUGUCUUGGGCUACAUGGGUAUCUUGGCCAUUGCCAGCUUUAUUGUGGCUUUUCUCGCCCGUAAAUUACCUGACAGUUUUAACGAAGCCAAGUUCAUCACCUUCAGCAUGUUGGCCUUUUGCAGUGUGUGGGUCUCCUUCUUUCCAGCCUAUCUGAGCACAAAAGGCAAAGCCAUGGUAGCUGUGGAGGUCUUCUCCAUCUUGUCCUCCAGUGCUGCAUUACUGGGAUGCAUAUUCUUGCCAAAGUGCUACAUCAUUGUUUUCUGCCCUGAGCUAAAUCACAGGAAGCAACUCAUAAAGAGGAAUGAGUAUAUCAUGUAA